AUGGCUUCAUCAAGCUGGCGGCUGCUGAAAGGCAGAACAGCUUGCAUCACCGGAGGUACAACUGGCAUUGGCCGUGCGAUAACACUCGAAUACUUGAGACACGGCGCCAACGUCGCAGUCAACCACCUCGGCCUCCCUAGCGACGAAACACACAGACUCAGCCUGAUCGAGGAGGCGGAAAAGAUCAGGAAAAAUGCCCCCAAAGAUUCUCCGACGGGCGAGUUGAUUGAGCUUGCAGGCGAUGUGACAGACCCAAAUACCGGAAAGGGUCUCGUUGCCGCAGCAGUAAAGAAAUGGGGCGGACUGGAUGUCUUCAUUGCGAACGCUGGUAUCUUCAAGCCCGCUGAGUUUCUCACACUCGAAAAGGAAGUAUUCGAUAAAACACUACACGUCAACGUCAAUGGCGCAUUCUACUCAUGCCAGGCAGCGGCGAACCAGAUGGUCAAGCAAGGACGCGGAGGAUCAAUCAUUGGUAUCUCAUCAAUCAGCGCUCUGCAAGGUGGAGGUUUGCAGACUCACUACACACCGACAAAGGCAGCGGUCUUGUCAAUGAUCCAGUCAAUGGCAGUCGCUCUCGCAAAGCACCGCAUCAGAUGCAAUGCUUUGCUUCCGGGCACCAUCCAUACACAGUUGGCGGAGGAGGACAUGCAAAAUGAGACGAAGCGCAAGUAUCUUGAGCAACGUAUUCCCAUGGGCGUGGGCAAGCCCCAUGACCUGGCUGGGCCGGCGGUCUUCUUGGGUUGUGAGGAAUUAAGCGGAUUCAUGACGGGUUCCCAGAUGUUAGUGGAUGGUGGCAUGUACGUUCAUUUGCAGUAG